AUUUGUUUUAUCACAUAUUGUUGGAUUUACUAAAAGUGAUAAGGAAAUAUCUUGAAAUAACGAUUAACAAGCAUUACCAUUGACUUUUCUAACAUAUUCAACAUUCAACAUUCAUAAAUCAGAAUUUAUUUUUCGAUCUUAAAAUGCCUCAGGGGCGUCGCAAAUUGCCUUUUAGCGGCAAACAAAAGAAGCAACAGUUACAGGAAAAAAGAAAAAGAAAACAGUUGAAUAGUGCAACAAGAAAUGAUCUUGUAUAUGAACAUACAGAACAUAAGAAAGAAGCUUAUAAACAAGAAACUGACUUAGAUGUGCAGUGUAUCAAUCAACAACCAUUACAACGCGGAGGCAGAUCUAAUCCUAAUCAGUAUGUAUUGCAGUUCAGACGAGAAACUGAUGAAGAAAUACGUAAACGUAAAGAAGAAGCAAGGAAAGAAAUUAUUCCUGUUACUGAAGAAGAGUUAGAAUUUGAUCCUGUACCAUUCUAUGAUGGUGAAGAAUUAGGUUUUCCAGUUAGACCAAAAUGGAGUCCUGAUAUGACUAGAGAAGAGUUAGAUAAUAGGGAGUAUAGAUAUUUCAAAAAUUACUUGUUGUCAUUAAAACAAAGAAGUGACUGGGAUCAAUUGAGUUAUUUUGAGUUGAAUCUUGAAACAUGGAGGCAAAUGUGGCGUGUGAUGGAAAUGUCUGACAUCCUUGUAUGGAUUGCUGAUGCACGAUAUCCAGCCAUUCCACCUUAUUUAUUUACAUAUGUGUUGAGGACAUUAAAAAAAAGUUUAAUCAUCAUAUUGAAUAAGGUCGAUCUAGUUCCAUCACCAGUAGCAUUAGCCUGGAAACACAAAUUAGUAGAAACAUAUAAUUUAGAUAAUGAUCAUGAUGCUAAUGUACAUGUUUUAUUUUUUACGUCAUACAUAAAAAGCUCAGAAUUUAAAGAAGGAAUACAAAAGAAAAAACCAAGGGGAAAAUUGAAAAUGGCUGCAGAUGCUGCUGAAUUGCUAAUGAAGGAAUGCAAAUACAUUGUUGAAAAAUAUCAAGCCAAUAUUGAUUUGAAAAGCUGGGAAAAAAAAAUAGCUGAAGAAAAAGAACUUGAAUAUGAUAAUGAAGAAGACGUUGAAGUUGGAGAAACUAUAACUAGUGCUUCAGAAACUAAUUAUGAGCAUAUAGAUUUAUUUCAAAAUGAAUUUCUUACAAUUGGCUUACUUGGGCAACCAAAUGCUGGGAAGUCCUCUGUUUUGAAUGCAUUGAUGGGUAAAAAGGUGGUGAGUGUAUCGCGAACUCCUGGUCACACAAAACAUUUUCAAACAAUAUUUUUGACUUCUACAGUUCGUUUAUGUGACUGUCCUGGAUUAGUAUUUCCUUCUAAACUUACAAAACCUUUACAAGUGUUAAUGGGUUGUUAUCCUAUUGCACAACUUCGAGAACCUUAUUCAACUAUAAAAUUUUUGGCUGAAAGAUUAAAUCUAGUAAAAAUAUUGAAUCUUCAACACCCUGAGCCUGGAGAAAAUCAAUGGUCAGCAAUAGACAUUUGUGACAGUUGGGCAAUUAAACGAGGUUUUAUAACAGCUAGAGCUGGACGCCCUGAUACAUACCGUGCGGCCAACCAUCUACUACGUAUGGCUUUAGAUGGGAAAAUAUGUUUAGUAUUAAAACCUAAAAAUUUCACAUCAAAUAAAAACUACUGGUAUUCAUCCGACCAAUUGAAGAAUAUAUGGAAAAUCAAAGGUAUGACUGAAGAAUCUAAUACUUAUGAAUAUCAUUAUGUAAGUGAAUCUGACAAUGAAGAGCAAAAAGAUGAGUUAACUUCUAAUAAAACUACUAGUAAUAAAGAUGAUUCUGAUGAUGAAGAGCUAUCUGGCAGUGAUGAAUCAGAUAUUCAAGGAGGUCAUGUUGCGUCUAAUAAGUUUGCAGUCUUAGAUGUAUCGGAUUGAUUUUUUUAGCUCUAAAAUAGUGUUAUAGAUAAUUUUUUAAAGUUUUUUAUUUCCAAUUUAAUAUAAAUGAUGUGAUUAGUCAAUAAAAAUUUAUGUUUAA